CCGUCGUGAUUUGGGCUGUCAGUGGGAGGAGCACCUCCAGGCCAAGAGGCAGGAGAAGUACUUGGAUAUUUUAGAGGGCCAGAGGCAGAUAGAGAUGGAUCUACGCGCUGUUCACCUGGACGAACUGGAGGCUACCCACCGUAGAGUCAAGGAUGUAGCCAUGGCAAAUUACAACAGGACUCAGGCCACAGAAAUGGACAUACAGCAGCAGCUGGCUCGCCAGAGGGAGCAGGAUGAUAACCUCACUGAAAUCUAUAAUCAUCUGACCAGUGACAUGCUGACUGAGAAGCGCCUCGCCUCCUCAAAGUCACAAAAAUGAUCCAGAAUCACUGGAAGGGCAUGAGUCCUGAGCAAAUAGCCGCCAUCCAGAAGGAACAGGCAGUACAACGCCUUGAAGCCCAACACCGGCGGAAGGCCGAGAAGCGCCAGGAAGCCGAGUGGGCCUGUCGGGAGCAGAUGGCUGCUCAGACUGCUUGCCAGCUGGAACACGAGCAGCAGGUCCAAGCACAGAAGCUGCGUCGGGACCUGGAUGCCUACAACAAGGAGCUGGCUCAAGAGCAGCAGGCCAAAAAGGACUACCUGGAUAAAGUGGUUUACACCAACGAACCCACAUCCCAGUUCUACCUGCAGUUCAACACCAGCAGCCGCUGAGUUGGGAGGC